UUUCGAGGAGGAGUCGAAAGGAGCGCACCGUGCACACACACCAAAACGGACAGCAGCUCAUAUCAUUUAGCAUAGUGGUCUGGAAACCAAUUUGGUCUCACAUGAUUUCAAUGUUUUGUUGCAAUUUUUUUUGGAACUUACUUUUUUUUAUUCAAAAACUGUUAGUUCACCUGAGUAUAAACUAUACUUGUGUUUUGUAACUGACUUAGUAGAAUUAGUUAUUUUUUUUUUUUUUUUAACAAAGUUUCAGAGAGGGGAGCUUAAGCGCCGCAGCACACAGUCUGCUCCCAGUGCAGGGUUCAAGGAUGGCGGCGUUAAUUAGUGCGUACUCCUCUUGGCCGGAGAGCUUCGAGUGCUCUGCGGGAGAUGGAGACGUCCCUGACGGACACACCUCCCACAGAGGUCCUGUAGACAAGACUUCGGAACCGCGCAUCAGGAGACCCAUGAACGCUUUCAUGGUGUGGGCCAAGGAUGAGCGAAAGAGGCUAGCCGUUCAGAAUCCUGACCUUCACAAUGCAGAACUUAGCAAGAUGCUUGGAAAGUCCUGGAAGGCUCUGACCCCGCCGCAGAAGCGUCCGUACGUGGAGGAAGCCGAGCGCCUGCGGGUGAAGCACAUGCAGGACUACCCCAACUACAAGUACCGGCCGCGCCGGAAGAAGCAGCUGAAGCGCAUCUGCAAGCGCGUGGACCCCGGCUUCCUCCUGGGCGGCCUGGCACCGGACCAGAACGCCCUGCCGGACCCGCGCAGCUGCUGUCACCCGCUGGACAAGGACGACGACGGAAGCGGCGGCGGUGUCAUCGGAGGCGGCGGCGGCGGCGGCGUGGGAGGAGGGUACUCGUCGCCGUCCCUCCCCGGGAUGAGAGUGUUCCGGGACGCGGCCGGUUCCAACAGCAGCUUCGACACCUACCCCUACGGCCUGCCCACGCCUCCGGAGAUGUCCCCGCUGGACGCGGUCGAGCACUCCGAGCACCCGUCCUUCUACCCGGCCUCGGUGCCCGUGAGCUCCAGCGGCUCCUGCCCCCCGACCUCCUCGGGCGCGCCGUGCUCCGACGACCGGCGCCUGGGCCCGGCCCACCUGUCCAGCCCCCCGCCCUACCACCCAGACUAUUCCCAGCAGGGUCCCCCUCCCCACCACUGCAGCCCCCACAUGGGCCACCACCACCACCACCACCACAUGUCCAUGUCCCACCAGCUCCCCUACUACGCCGCCUCCUUCCCCCAGCUCCAGAUCCACCACCACGGGCUGCAGGGCCACCACCUGGGCCAGCUCUCCCCGCCGCCCGAGCAGGGUCAGCUGGAGAGCCUGGACCAGCUGAGCCAGGCCGAGCUCCUGGGCGAGGUGGACAGAGACGAGUUUGACCAGUACCUGAACUCCAACUCGGCCGCCACCGCUGCCGCCGUUGCGGCCGGCGUUGCGGCCGGCGGCGGCUAUCACCACGGCGGCGAGCAGGGUGCCAUGACCGUGACGGGACACAUCCAGGUGACGGCCGCCUCCGCUUGCUCCAGCAGCACCACAGAGAGCAGUCUGAUCUCGGUGCUGGCGGACGCCACCGCCGCGUACUACAACAACUACGGCAUCUCCUAAACGUAAACAAAAACAAAAACACUGGACUCAAUAACCAUGAGCAGUGGUUCAUCGGGACAGGUCAGAUAUGAGACUGCCGGCCUGAAUGGCUCACAAACGAGGCGAGGACGAGGAGAUCAGACAGAGGAGAUGGACAAAGACAGGUCGAAGGUCAUCUCAGGGAUAAACAGACGUUUCUCAUAAUGUUAUUGUUCCAAAAAAAGAAUAAGUGAAGAGAGGAGGAGAAAAAAAAGAGCUGAUUUAAAAAAAUCUUAUCAUAUAGUUCAGAGUUUGUCACUGAAGCAUGUACCUGUGUGCCCUUGGGCUUAUUUAAGUAUUUCUAUGUUUUGCAUAUUUCUCAUUGUACUGCUGUCUUAAGUUCUUCUUUAGUUGAAAAUGUCUUCAUACACAUUUGUAUGAACCUCAUGAAUUUUUUGUUUGUUUGUUUUACCUCAGCAAUUGGUAUUUAAAGAAGGCUGUUUUAGAAUGCAGGAAUCCCAAAUGACAUAAUAAUAGUGAAUGAAGGAAGAACAUUGAAUACCUUUUCCCCUCACAUAGUUCCUAAACAUUUAUAUGAAUACUUACUUAAAUAUCUAUACUCAUAAUCGUUAUGGCCGAGAAUAAUAAUGAUAAAUAUUAUGGUAUGCUGAUCUAUGCUGGUUUGUGAAAUUGAAUUAAUUUAAUGACGCACCAGUUUUGUUUUAAUUGAUAUUAUUGCUACCCCCUUGAACACCCAUCCUCACACAAAAGUAAAAAAAAAAAUCUAAAAUGACUUUGGAAUGAACCUAAAAAUGUCUGUACUUCUGUAGGAGAAACAUGGUGUGGUAAUUAUGAAGGAAGCUGGGUCCCAGAUGACUGUGUAUGUGUGUUAAGGCAUUGUUACAGUUAAUAUCUGGCUGGCACCAUCUGUAAUAGUGUAAGGGUGAAACGAAGCAUUUCAUAGGUGCUCCUUAUUGUACGUUGAAAUGUGAGAAGGACCGAUCCCCUUCGAGGACCUGAUUAGAUCUGAAGCAAUGUAAUAAAGAAGUCAUUUUAAACCAAGGUAAAA